CCGCCUUCUUCAGAAAGCAUUAAAACCUCUCUAGCUGUCAAAGUGAAGGAGAAACUUCUAUACUACAGGCGCCACAAUGAUUAACUGGAAGGUUUUGGAUAACGUCCCCAUCCUCCUGUACAUCCUAGCCCUGAAGACAAUGCUGCUGUGUUUGGCGUUCGCCGGGGUGAAGAUCUACCAGAGUAAGAAAGCUGAUGAGGCCCUGAAGAAGCAGCAGGCUGAGAAGAGGAGGCUCGCCCAGCAGACGCAGGAGCUCAUAGACAACAAGAAGGAGGACUGAGCAGAGGAGAGAGGCAGCUGUACACAGGGAAACAUGUUACAGACCUGAGCAACAAGCCGCUGUCUCCACAUACGAGCUAGAUGUGCGACUCUCAGCAGCGGGAGGACCGUCCUGUGUUUCAGGAAGGGUUUGUGGUUCGGGUGAGACUGAGACACUGAGAUAAGGGACUGUUGUGUCUUUUAAACGGACGUAAAAGAACCACAGCAGGCUCAGCAUCAACAUAGUUUUUCCCAAACAUCCACUCCUUUCUGGGCCUCAUCCUCUGCCUUGUGUAUACUCUUAUCUGUCUCAACACUUGAAUGAGCUCCACUUUGUACACUGGAUAGUGUAGGAUCAAAGCAUGUCAAUUUCAUCUGUAUUUAUUCUGUAAUAUUCCUUGUAAAUUGUGAACCAACUUUGUGCCAAACCUUUGUAAUUUAUAUUAAAUAGUUUGUUCCACAUGCUACAAUGUUUGGUUUGCCUUUAUUUCCCAGAAUUCCUGGAAGUAUGUAACUCCUUUGCUCCUUUGUUUCGAAGCCACAGCGGAGUCACGUUGAGUCUUCUCUCUCAGUCAUAAUAUGUUCCAGCAUUGUGAGUGCAGUCCAGAUAUCACUAAACCAGGGUUCCCACGGGUCCUUGAAAGUUUGACAGGGUAAAAUCAAGGCCGUAACAAUUUUUCUAAG